CCCCUUUCCUGGAAAGAACAUCACCCCUCUCACUCUAAAUUCCGAUCACCGACACGAAGUCGAAAGCUACCUAGUUCAUGUCCGAACCCAUUAACCAUUUGGGUCUACCAGGACACGGGCAAAAGUCGAACAUCGAAAUCCCGGGAUUUAUCUUCUCCCCAAUUCCCCAUCUUCGUCUUGGUUUGGAGAUAGACAGCUAUGGCGUCUGAUCCCGAGCAGCCAUCUCUCCCUUCUCUUGUACAGGUUGGUAAAUCUUCUGGGGAGAUAAGCAGCGAAAGAGAGCCCCUUAUUAAAGAGAGUUACAGCUCAGAAAACUACUCUGUAGUUGCAGCCGUGCUCCCGUUUCUCUUCCCAGCUCUUGGAGGGCUGCUUUAUGGUUAUGACAUUGGUGCAACAUCUUGUGCAACCAUUUCUAUUAAGUCGCCUACAUUAAGUGGAAUUUCAUGGUACAACCUAUCCUCGGUUGAUAUUGGUCUAAUUACCAGUGGCUCACUUUAUGGUGCCUUAAUUGGCUCCAUUGUGGCUUUUACUGUUGCCGACUUUCUAGGAAGGAGAAAGGAGCUGAUUUUGGCUGCGUGUGUGUUUCUUGUUGGAGCCCUUGUGACUGCACUUGCACCUGUCUUUUUCAUUCUGGUUAUUGGGAGGAUUAUAUACGGUAUUGGGAUUGGACUGGCUAUGCAUGCUGCUCCAAUAUACAUUGCAGAGACUGCUCCGAGUAAGAUACGUGGGCAGCUGAUAUCACUAAAGGAAUUCUUUAUUGUCUUUGGGAUGGUUGGAGGGUAUGGAAUUGGUAGUAUUUUGGUCAAUAUUGGUUCUGGUUGGCGCUACAUGUAUGCAGCGAUUGUCCCUGUAUCGGUGAUAAUGGGAGUUGGAAUGUGGUGGCUACCAGCAUCACCUAGGUGGCUUUUAUUGUGUGCCAUUCAGGGAAGGGGGGAAAUGGAGGACCUAAGAGAGGCAGCCAUCUCUUCUCUUUCCCGCCUUAGGGGUCCAGCUAUAGGUGACUCAGCACCUGAGCAAGUAAACGAGAUCUUGUCUGAGCUUUCCUUUGUGGGUGAGGACAAAGAAGCUUCAUUAGGUGAAUUGUUUCAAGGGAAGUGCUUGAAAGCGCUCUUUAUAGGAGGAGGUUUAGUUUUGUUUCAACAGAUAACCGGGCAACCAAGUGUGCUUUAUUAUGCACCAUCAAUCCUACAGACUGCUGGAUUUUCUGCUGCAGCUGAUGCAACAAGCGCCUCAGUUCUACUUGGUAUAUUGAAGUUGAUCAUGACUGGAGUUGCUGUUGUAGUUAUUGACAAACUUGGAAGGAGGCCUUUACUUCUGGGCGGUGUUAGUGGCAUGGGUGUCUCAUUAUUCCUCCUGGGGUCAUAUUACAUCUUCUUCGGUGAUGCAUCCUCUGUUGCUGUCGUUGCAUUGCUGCUAUAUGUGGGAUGUUACCAGUUAUCAUUUGGUCCUAUCGGUUGGCUGAUGAUUUCGGAGAUCUUUCCGUUAAAAUUAAGAGGUCGAGGGCUCAGCAUAGCGGUGCUUGUGAAUUUUGGUGCCAACGCUCUUGUUACAUUUGCUUUCUCACCUCUGAAGGAGAUGUUGGGGGCCGGGAUAUUGUUUUACGGGUUCGGUGUGAUUUGCCUGUUGUCUCUACUUUUCAUAUUCUUCAUUGUACCAGAGACAAAGGGUCUCACUCUAGAGGAAAUUGAAGCCAAAUGUCUCUAAAGAUUCAAGAACAGUUCAGACGGAUACUUCUGUGUCCAAAUCACAACACGCACUGCCGCUGCAGACACGAGGGCAAAAAAGUUAGAAAUGUGACAGGACGUGUUCAGGUGAAAACCCAUCAUCUGUGUAACAGGACAUGUUCAGGUGAAAAAAAUUAUGUAAAGAGCUACCAUACGAUAUUGUCUUCAGUUGUAUUUUUAUCACAAAAUUCGAAAGAGCAGAAAAAUAAAAAAGACAGAUUGAUGAUUUA